AAGUGCAAAGAGUUAAACUUUUGAAAAAGUGCAGGGUUUCGAGAGGCUUUCUCUCAUUGCAGAGCUGGGAGUGAAAUUAUUACAAAAUGAGGACUGGCGCAUGGAGCUGAAGACCCCAAUCUCAUCUACACUUAUUGAGGAGAGAGAGAUUCAGGAGCCCCCAAAUGCUAUGAAAGCGAACGGCGAAACCCCCAAACGGCUUCCCAAGUUGAUUCAAGAUGGAAAGCUUGCCCUUCUCAAAGAAGAGGUCGCAAAUGUCGCGGAUCUGAGCGGGGAAGUGAAGCGGAAGCACUUUGGGCGGUCAGGGGACACGCUGCUCCACUACGCAGCCCGGCACGGCCGCCUCAGUGUUCUCCGGUACUUGGUAGAGACGUUGGAGAUGGACGUCGAGCUGUUCAAUAACGACUACAAGCGGCCUCUCCACGAAGCAGCCUCCAUGGGCCACCGGGACUGUGUCUUGUACCUCUUGGAGAGAGGAGCAGCCGUGGAUUGCUUGAAGAAAGCAGACUGGACUCCCCUAAUGAUGGCCUGUACCCGGAGGAAUUUGGACGUGAUUCGAGAUCUUGUGCAAAGUGGGGCAAACCCCCUGCUGAAAAACAAAGAUGGGUGGAAUUGCUUCCAUAUCGCCUGUCGCGAGGGGGAUCCUCAAAUCAUCCAGUACUUGCUCGACAUCUCUCCUGACAUCUGGAACACGGAAAGCAAAAUCAAAAGAACACCUCUGCACACGGCAGCGAUGCAUGGCUGCUUGGAGGUACUGAAAAUUCUCCUCAUGCGGUGCCCAUACCUGCCUGACAGCGCGGAUCAAUGUGGAGUCACCCCCUUUAUGGAUGCCAUUCAGAACGGCCAUCUGGACGUUGCUCGCCUGCUUCUGGAAAAGCACCAGGCUUGUUACACGGCAAAGGACACCGUUGGUGCCCAGCCACUGCACCGGGCCGCUGUGACCGCACAGGAUGACGCCCUUCGGUUCCUCGUUUCUGAGCUGAGUGUCGAUGUCGACGCGAGAGCCACCUCUUUGGAGAUCACGGCCCUCCAUUACGCAGCCAAGGAAGGACAUGCCGGCACUAUCCAGGUGCUUCUGUCCCUCGGCGCCAAUCUAAAUGCAAAAGAUGGGAAAAAUCGAACAGCUCUUCACAUGGCAUGUGUGGGCCAACAUGCGGCAUGUGCUGAAAUUCUUCUGCGAUCAGGAUUACAGGACUCUCCGGACAGUAGCGGAACGUACGCCGGGCAGCUUGCCAAGAAGCCAGACCUCCUCCAGCUCUUCAAAGAGGUCAACACGAGUGCAUGAACUCGAGAAGAGUUUUUAUCUGGAAUCGACUCGCUUUGCUUCCUGUUGGACUUGCUGAUACAUUUCCGUUAUUGGGAAAUACACACACACACAUACACAGCAAUCUUGGGGCCAGUGAAAGCCAGCAUUCUACAUGAAAGAGAAUUAGACUCUACAGUGGUUAACUUCAGUGUGUAGAUUUGCUAAAUAUAUUCAGGGAUCCCUCAGCCCCUGCAUUCCGUGGCAGCUCUGACUGGGCAGAAGGGUGGCAUAGUGAUCUUGUAAAUAAAAAUAAUAAAUAUCUCGACUUCUACUUUACU